CGUGUUGCUACAUCACACUACCUUCUGUCGUUUGGGGUCUGUAAGUGGAAAGUCCCUGUCAGUGGGUCUUUAAUCAGACAACAAUAGUUGGCUUUCUAACAGUGCUAGGAAAAUAUAAAUACAGACCCGCUUAACGGACUGUACGCAUUAUACUUUUAUGUGCACCAUAAUUUAGUCGCCGCCUUAGCUGUCGAGCAUAUAAUCUUCUGCUAAUGCUAACUAGUGUUAGCAGGCUAGCUCUUUGUGUAGCUAGCUUGUCGCUGAAUGAUGUUUUGUUUUUGUUGAGCUGAACAACUCUCCCGUAGCCGGGGAGAGAACGUUUCGUGUCCGUGCAUGGAAAAGCCAAUAGUUGGUCUUGCCUAACAGCUGAACCCGUCCUGGCCCGUCGAUCACACUCCAGUAAAACAAGACCGAGUGAGAGGAGAGUUUGCAGAGGACUGAGAUGGGAAACUGCCUGAAAUCUCCAACCUCAGAUGAUAUUUCUCUGCUACACGAAUCCCAAUCGGACCGAGCCAGUUACGGAGAAGGUGUUGACCCAGAUCAAGAGCCACCGCCCCCUUAUCAGGAGCAGCUCCAUGUGCCGGUGUUCCACCCCACCCCCAGCCAGGCCAGGCUGGCCACACAGCUGACGGAAGAGGAGCAGGUGCGCAUCGCCCAGCGGAUAGGCCUCAUCCAGCACCUCCCCAAAGGGGUGUACGACCCCGGGAGGGACGGCUCCGAGAAGAAGAUCAGAGAGUGCGUGAUCUGUAUGAUGGACUUUGUGUACGGGGACCCCAUCCGGUUCCUGCCCUGCAUGCACAUCUACCAUGUGGAGUGCAUUGACGACUGGCUAAUGCGUUCCUUCACCUGUCCCUCUUGCAUGGAGCCCGUGGACGCCGCGCUGCUGUCCACCUACGAGACCAACUGACGCGCACAUACCCACAGACAUGUCUAUUACACACACACACAGACACACACACACACACACACACACAGGCACACCACACAACACAACACAGAGAUAGCCGGGGGAGCACAGCACAGCGCAGAGGGGCGUCUGCUGGAAAGUCUAUGCCCUGGAUGGAGGUUAAAAUGAUGGCAAUGUAUAAAUUAUAAGUAGUGUAGUGUAGAAACAGUGCGAGGGGUGUAACCGGUGUGUGGGUGUGUGUGUGUGUGUCUGUUUGUUUGUGUGCAUGCACACAAGUGCAAAAAGAGGAAAGAAACUAAAAAGACGUGUACGUGAGCGGUUUAACGCGUUUCCCUUACUGCCUGCUGGGCAGGAAACUUGUGGGGAAGCAGAGGAGCGGAAAGGGGAGGUUACAAGCAGUAAGGGCUGGUUUGGGAGUAGAGGAGAGUCAGACUGGUCCACGGACUAAGGGGAGGCUUAUGGUAGAGGGGCCUAGAGUUGAUCAUUCGUAAUUCUUACGACACACUACGUCACAUUAAAACGUCAGCCUUUGUUGAUGCACGUGUACACACACACACACCGACACACGCACUUUUAUUUUGACUUUUUCUGUAACUGUUCACUUCCAUAAUUUGCUUUGCUGGAAGAAGGCCGGGAGGAUGGACAUCUUUGGACUCUUGCCCAUGGUUCACCUUGGGGCAGUGUGGGGCUACUCCCUAAAAAAGAUUCCAGGAUCUGCCGGAAAUUUAAGAUUUCUGCCCCCUGUGCCUAAGCCUGCUCCAGACUGAACUCUGUCGGCAGAGACUACUUUCAAUCUACAGGAGUAGGAUUGGAUGGGCAGGCAUUUUCUGCAGACAACAUAAUGGGCCUGGACUUUUCUUCUACCCACUGGCCUUGAGUUGUCUAUGUGUGGGAAAAGAAAUGAUGGAUGAUUGACUUGUGAAAUCUGUUCUGUAGUAUUUCUGUCAGUCUGUGUUAGGAAAUUGCUAUUAUUCAACAACACAAAAAACGGCAAUCCCAAAACAAGGUCAAAGUAUGUUCUUUAGUCCCGUAUUGGCUACACACCGUUGGUCAAGGCACAGGCUUUUGUAGACAAGACAUUAAAUACAUUAUCCACGUGAAA